AUGUCUAAAAAUUCAGGAAGCCGGAAACCUGUGAGCAGCAAGAACGGUUGCAUCUCUGGUCAAAUGUGCAAUCAGUCCUGUCUCAGCUUCGCCUACUGCAGAGAAGCGCAACAAUACCGUUGUGCCACCUUUGCGUUGAUGGAAAAAAUCCGUUGUAGCGAUGAGGUGGGAAUCCAGGAGCUUUUGCAGUCGAUUCGGAAGCCGAAGACCCUGUCUGAAGCCAUGGAAGAGACCAUGGCAUUGAAAUAUUUUUGA